AUGGCGCCGACGAUGACGGCCGCGCUCCUCGCGCGGGCGACGGCGCUCCUCGCGCUCCUCGCGCCCGCGGCGGCGAUCGAGCCGAAGAGGCGCGUCCCGCGAGCCGUCUCCCGCCGUCCCGCUAAAAACUCAUCAUCAUCUCAUCAUUCAAAAGGCGUUUCCCUCAUGCGCCCGUCGCACCCCUCGCGCGAGGCGGUGUACGCCGGACAACACAACCCCCUCGCCGCGAUCGAGCCGUCGUCCCUGCGCGAGACCCCGCCGCGUCUUCGCCGUCGCGCCGAACCCAGCGCGGUCGACGAAGACGACGACGCGUCGUCGUCGUGGUGGACCUCGGACGGCUUCAAGCUCUCCGUCCGCGUCGUUCGCGACGACGCGAACGACGCGAGCGAUGACCCCGCGUGCGUCGCGCGCUGCGAAGACGUCGUCGAGGUGCGCGUGACGCUGACGGAGGACGGCGCGAGCAACGCGUCGAGCGCCGCGCCGGCGCGCGAGCGCGAGCGCGCUCGUCACUGGGUCGGGGCGUACGCGCCUCCGAGAGCCGACGUGACCGCCGUCGCGCCGGUAAAAUACGCCGUGCUCUCCGAGGUGGAUCCGGAGUACCUCGUCGCCGGCGUCGCGACCGCGCGGUUCCGGGUCGCGUGCGCGCGGUACGACUACGACUUCGUGGUGUUCGCGGACGACUGGGAGAAACGGCAGCGGUGGAGGGAGGACAAGGUGGCGGAGGCUGUGGCCGUCGCGCGAAGGCGCGUGACGUGGAGCAGCGGGAGGUCCGCGGCGGCGAACCCGCGGCUGUCGUGGUGGCGGGGACCGAGCGAGGCGAACGCGUCGACCGUCGUCGCCGCGACGACGGCGACGCCGUUCGCUCGGUCCGAACUGUGCGGCGCGCCCGCGAACUCGACGGGCUGGCGCGACCCGGGGUUUCUCCACGCCGCGAUCGUCCGCGCGCCGGCGGGCGCGUGCGGCGGCACGUUGUCGUACAGACUGUCUGACGACGCCGGCGGGUCGUUCCCGCCGCCGGACGCGCCGCCGCUGACAAUCGCCGUGCCGCCCUGCGCGUAUCGUGAUCAAGGGAGAAACGAAACGGCUCCUUUUCGGCCGUUUACGAUCGCGAUGUUCGCGGACAUGGGCCGAGGCACGGACGAUGACGCUCGGACGUGGCAAGAGUACGGCUCGCCGGCGUUUAACGUGUCCAAGCGACUCGCUUCGGACGCCGGCGCGGGCGUCGUCGACGCGGCGUUCUUAUUCGGCGAUCUGUCCUACGCGACCGGAUACGGCAGCGUGUGGGACGAGUGGGGGGAGCAGAUCACGCCGUGGGCGUCGAGAGUGCCGUUCCUGACGUGCGUCGGGAACCACGAGUACGACGCGACGCCUGACACGUGGCAACACGUGAACCACACGUCGUCGGGGAAGAUUUCCCCCCGGGAUUUGUACGCGUCGGGGGACAGCGGCGGGGAGUGCGGCGUCCCCGCGCGCGCGCUGUAUCGCGAACCCAGACCCUUCGCGGGCGGUAAAGAAGACACUAGUGCCAAUAAAACCGGCGGCUGGUGGGCCGCGACCUUGGGGCCGAUACGAAUCGUCUCGAUGAACACCGAGGUCGACUUCGCCCCGGGGUCGCCGCAGCACGCCUUUCUGGAAGCCGCGCUGGCGACCGCGAACCGCAACCGCGCGGAGACGCCGUGGGUGUUCUUCGCGGGGCACCGACCGAUGCUCCUGGACUCCGACUUCGGCGCGAGAUACCCGGCGUUCCACCGCGACGCGCGCGGGGGGGAAUACGGCGACGACACCUCGGACGUCGGCGUCGCGUUGAAGCUCCAGAAGCACGUCUGGCCGCUCGUCGCGGCGCACAAAGUCGACGCGGUGUUCGGCGGUCACAACCACGUGUACCAGCGCCACUGCGCGUUCGACGCGACGCGCGCGGGGAAGACGCGGAAGUCGUACGGGACGCGCGGGUGCGUCGCGCGGAGCGAGCCGACGAUCGACGCGAACGGGGACGUCGUGCACGCGUACGCGGCGACGGGCGCCGCGGUGAGCUUCGUCGUCGGCUCCGCGGGCGCGGGGUUCACGAAGACGGCGACGUAUAACGCCCCGUUCUCGGACGUUACCAUGUACGAGUACGGGUACUUACGAAUCACCGUGGUGAACCGGACGCACCUGUACGGCGAGUUUCAAGAGACGCAGUUCGGGAAGGGCGUUCUGGAUCGGUUCGCGAUCACGCGGCGCGACGACGACGACGACGACGCGGACGCGGACGCGCCGACGACGAAACGAAAACGCUCGUUCGGUAGCGGUUACACAUCGGAGGAGGAGGAGGUGGAAGAGACCGAAGCCGGCGCCGCGCUCGCGGCGCUCGCGUGGCUGACGAUCGUGAUCAUCGUCGCGUGGGGCGCGCGCGCGUGUUGCCUCCGCGGCCGCCGAGGGUUCCGCGACGAGCGCGUCGCGGACGAUGACCUCGCCGACGAAACCGACAAAGAAGAAGCGCUCAUCGUCUCGCGCGUGUGA